AUGGAUAACCAGACAGAAACGAUGUGGAAUGAUACCACGACCAAUUCCGCGCUAACGCACACAUGGAGGACGAAUACCACCGAAGCACUGGCCAUCUCAGAUACAACUUUAGAAUGGCACAACAAAACAUUAUCAAACAUACUGGACCAAAUAAACGACAAUUUAACAUCAUACUUUGAUAUAGUCGACGAUGUGUUGCCGCUUUCGCGUGACGGCAACUCGAGCAACCUUACACUUGUUCUGAAUGACUCUAAUCUAAAUUCCAGCGGACCGUCUCAUUAUAAUAAGGAGACUCGUAUCAUAGCCGCAUGGGUGCUAUUCGCAUUCGGAAUAGUAGGAAACAUACUCGUUUGCCUGUGGAUGUGGACAAACAGGCGUCGCAAAUCUAGGAUGAACCUGUUUAUUUUGAUGUUAACAAUCGCCGAUCUAAUGGUCUGUUUUCUUGCCAUGCUCUAUGUAAUAAUAAUAGAGGAAUUAAACUAUAUUUGGAUUGCAGGCAAUGUGAUAUGCAAAGUAUUUAAUUUUGUACAGAGUGCCGCCAUGAUGGCGUCUACUAAUAUGUUAGUUGUAAUCGCGGUUGAUAGACACCAGGCCAUACGUAGCCCUCUGAAGGAAGCAUUCUCUGCUGGCAGAAUGGUGUGCAUUGCAUGGGCCACAGGAUUUCUGUGCUCUACUCCACAGUUAUAUGUAUGGAGUGUUCAUACAUCCAAUGGUAUUUCACGAUGCGGAUGGCCAAUCGGGACAACUCAGCAAGAGAAACAGGCAUACAUCACGUACAUAGCCUUUAUUGUGUUCUUCUUGCCGUUCAUCAUCAUAAGCGUUGCAUACAUCCGGAUUUUCAAGAAGAUCGCCGACAAAGCCCACGACAGCAGAAAAGAGCCACGUAAGUCGUCUAUAAAACAAGGUAGAAUCCACUUACAGAGUACAGGAUCGGGAUCGCUAAGCAAAGCUAAGAUAAAAACGUUGAAAAUGACUGCAGUGAUCAUCUUUAUGUUCAUUAUCUGCGGACUGCCAUUCUUCAUUGCCGAAAUGUGGAGAUCUUACGGUAAUCCGGAUACCAUGCCGCUCGAUGUUUACGCUAUACUGGGGAUCUUUGCAGUCUCCAACUCUACAACCAAUCCUUAUGUGUUUCUUCUGUUUAACAUUAACGACAGAUUUCUUAAUGAAUUCGAGAGAACAUUCGGUGUGAGGUGUCCGUGUCGACAGGAGUCUGCUCGUACCAAGGGUCAUACUUACUCGGCCCCUUUUAGAUCCCGUGGUCGAAUAGCAAAAACAUUUGACGCCACGCAAUAUAAUUAUAAUAGACGCCAGAAAAAUAAAGAGAACAUAGAAGUAACAAUAUUACCAUCAAGCAGUAGUAGUGAAAAGGGAUUCUCCCCCGAGAAGCAUCGAUGUACCCGUCUUAUAGGUAGGGGGAAAGAGUUCAAGGUCUAA